AUGGAGCUAGACUCGAGUUGCAUGAAUACAUCUAUUAAGCCAACUCAGCGCUUUGACAUCUCUGAUCUAAUCGACCCCGCUUCUGGCAACGCGACGUCAUUUUUAUACCCAGAUCCAAUGGAUCAAGACAUGUAUCUUCUCACUCAGCUGAUGGAUCCCGGGUUGCUUCCCGUAGAGCCCACAGUUACGGAUUCAGAUUCAUCGCCCCGUUGGGAUUCUAGGCCCCUCGGAAAUGAUGAUGAUCCCUUUAGGUGUCUGCCUAGUUUUGGCAACAACGACGAGUUAUGCUAUGAAACCAGUACUAACAAUCUACUUUGGCAACAAAUACCAAGUCUUGAUAACUAUCAAGGAAGGCCGCUUGGCAUGUCACUCUCCACUAAUUCCGACCUUCAGCAGCCGCCACACACACACGCUCCAGCGCACAAGCCGACUACCUGGACAAAAGGCCGCUGCGAUGUCUCAAAGAAACAGAAAUUGGAGAGGAGGGCGUACAAGCGGCAAUGGACCCCUCAGAGCCCAGCCGAUAGCACUGACAUUGACUCUCCUCAAGAACAAAGCGUCAAGCUUACAAGGAACCGCCACUCCGAUGUGGAGAAGAACUACAGGCGUCGUUUAAAUCACAAGUUCAACAACCUCGUUGCUGCACUGAACAGGGCCUUUGAUCUGUGCCCGCCGGACUAUCUUGCGGGUCCGGAAAUAGAGACCGCUCCAAAGGGCCAGAUCCUCGAUAGGGCGACAAGUCAACUCCUUUGGCUGGCAUCAGAGUCCCAGCGAUUGAAUGGCGAAGUUGGUCGGCUGAACGAGCUGCUCAAUAGAAUCAAAUAG